GAGAAGGCUGCCGUGGAGGCAGGCAAGGGUGCUGCACAGCUGAGAAGCAUGGACCUGGACCUCCAAACCCCUAACCUGCUGGACUCAUGGCUGGAGGUCCCAGAAGAUAUCUUCUCAACAGGAUCCUUCCUGGAGCUGGGACUCCACUGUCCCCCUCCAGAGAUCCCGGGCCUUCAAGAAAGUGAACCAGAAGAUUUCUUGAAGUUUUUCAUUGAUCCCAAUGAGGUAUACUGCUCAGAAGCAUCUCCUGGCAGUGACAGUACCAUCUCUGAGGACCCUGGCCAUCCAGACAGUUCCCCUGCCCUCUAUGAGGUUGUCUAUGAGGCAGGGGCCCUGAAGAGGAUGCAAGGGGAAGGUGGGCUGAAUGUAGGGCUCAUCUCCAUCCAGCUAGAUCAGUGGAGUCCCUCAUUUGUGGUGCCUGAUGUCUGCAUGGUCAAUGAGCUGCCCUUUGAUGCUCACACCCACAUCCUGCCCACAGCAGGAACCAUAGCCCCAGUGCCUCCUGCACCCCUGCUGCCCUGUCAAACCCUGUUCCUGACAGAUGAGGAGAAGUGUCUACUGAGGCAGGAGGGGGUUUCUCUGCCCUCUCACUUGCCUCUAACCAAGGCAGAGGACAGGGUCCUCAAGAAGGUCAGGAGGAAAAUCCGUAACAAGCAGUCAGCUCAGGACAGUCGGCGGCGGAAGAAAGAGUACAUUGAUGGGCUAGAAGUCAGGGUGGCAGCCUGUUCUGCACAGAACCAGGAACUACAGAAAAAAGUCCAAGAGCUGGAGAGGCACAACAUCUCCUUGGUGGCUCAGCUCCGCCAGCUGCAGAAACUCGUUGCUCAAACCUCCAACAAAGCUGCCCAGACCAGUACUUGUGUUUUGAUCCUUCUUUUCUCCCUGGCUCUCAUCAUCCUGCCCAGCUUCAGCCCAUUUCAGGGUCUACCAGAAGUUGGGCCUGACGAUUACCAGCCUCACAGAGUGAUUUCCAGAAAUAUCCUGACCCAUCAGGACAUAACAGAAAAUCUAGACACUCAAAUGGUAGAGUCCAGACUAGGAGAGCCACCUGGAGCCAAGGAUACAAAUGGCUCAACACAGACACUGCUUGAGAAUCUCAGAGGAAAGACAGGACCUAGAGGGCACAUCAGAACAGUGCUGCAUGCAGAUGAGAUGUGA